CAUCUGUUUUUCUUCGAGUCACAUAAGAGUUUCGCUCGAGUAUUUCUUAUUGAGUCUGUGCACACCUUUUGGUUUCGUAUCUCCUUCAUGCAUGAUAGAAAAUAGCGAAAAACUCGAAGGUCUGCGGCGGGCCCAUUGGAGAAGAUUUUAUGCCAAAGAUAAUGGCAUCAAAACCAAAAGUUUUGAUACUUGGCGGAUUGGGAUUUGUUGGCCGCAACCUUGUGUGCUACCUUGUUGAGCACAAGCUGUGUUCGAAGAUUAGGGCUGUUGAUAAAGUUCCACCACAAACAGCUUGGUUGAAUGAAAGACAUAAAGCAGCAUUUAAUCAUGAAAGUGUGGAAUUUAAGAGUGCCAAUCUCAUUCAUCCUGCUAGUGUAGAGUCAGCUUUCCGUGACUCUGGAGAUGAUUUUGAUAUUUGUAUAAACUGUGCUGCAGAGACCAGAUAUGGACAGUCUGAGGAGGUUUAUGCAGAUGGGGUGUUCAAACUGAGCAUAAAUUGUGCAAAGCAAGCACGGGAAAGUAAUGUGAAGAGAUACAUUGAGAUUUCCACAGCUCAGGUGUAUUCCUGCGAUAAGGGCAUAAGUAACGAAGACAGCAAGAAAUCACCAUGGACACACAUUGCAAAAUACAAGCUGAUGGUGGAACAAGAAAUAGCCAAACUUGAUGGAUUAAACUUUAUUGUUGUUAGACCAGCAAUUAUUUAUGGAAAAGCUGACAGGCAAGGACUGAUGCCAAGGUUAAUUAUUGGUGCUGUUUAUAAGCAAAUGGAGGAGAAAAUGAAGCUGCUUUGGACUAAGGACCUGAAGAUGAGCACUGUUCAUGUCAUUGAUGUUUGUCGAGCACUAUGGCAUCUGACCAGCCAUGGCAGCAGUGGUGAUGUGUUCAACUUAGCCGACAAGAGUGACACCUCCCAGGGAAGUAUCACAGACAUUGUUUGUGAGAUAUUUGGAAUUGAACACGACUAUUUUGGAACGGUUUUAUCCAAUAUGGCACGGCUGAACAUGGCAGGCACUGUUGAUGAUUCCAACGAAAAACACUUGGAGCCUUGGUCUGCAGCUUGUGAGAAAGAUGGUAUCCACAGUACCCCCCUUAGUCCUUAUUUGGAUCAGGAACUUCUUUAUGAUAAUCACUUGUUCGUCAAUGGAUCAAAGAUCGAAGAAUCGGGUUUUAGCUACAAUUAUCCCGAACUUACACCGGAAUUGCUUAAGGAGGUUCUUGAUGAUUAUGUUGAAACAGGGUUAUUUCCACCUUCGUUGGUCCAUGCAAGAUGAUGACGACAUGAUGGCGAUUCGCUAAAUUAAAUAAUUCCUCACGUGACUUCUGAUCAUCUAGAGGGAAACCGAGAAAAGAAAUGAUUAGUUUGAAUCCCAAUAAUCUCGCCAGGGAAUCUGAUUGUAAUGUCAACUAAUAACUAAAGGUUCCUUCCCUGGCGGCAAAUCUUCUUUUGCCGGGAUGUUUCGAUAAUUCAGUGGCGGAUCUAUAGGAGGGGCGCGGGGGACCCGGGCCCCCCUCCUUAUUUUGAGGAGAAAAAAAUUAGGAUCGCAGAAGGAAGAAAAGCCGGCAGGGCAAGCGACAAAAAACUCAAGGUCUCGAUCCGCCAAUGUAAUUGACUCGUCAAACAAAAUAUAAUGACCACAACCUGUGGAAACCUGGUUCGAGAUAACUUGUGUUAUAGUGUUUUUGUUUUCGUUUUGUCAGGAGACACGAGUAAGGCAUGUAGCUUUUGAAUGUUGCUUGAAAUAAACGCCGUUGUUCUA